AUGGCGCCCAGGAGGAAGGCUGCGUCGAGCGCUCCUGCAAAGAAAAAGCAGAGAAAAGAGGCUGAGGUCUCUGAGUCUGAAGACGUGGUGCCAGAAGAACAUGAUGGUACCAAAGAGGAAGCACAAGAGACCCAGGGGAAGCCUAAUAAUCUGGAAUACGCCAUCGCCGACUUCUAUGAGUCGAAUAAGCUUUUUUAUGAUAAAGGGGACCCUGACUACAGGAACAGGGAGAAGAAGAGGCUGCUUCUACAACAGUUUUGCAGCAGUCUUGGGAUGGGGACCAAACCUGAAGACAUCACAAGGAGUUUUAAAUCCCAACGGACGGAGUACGUAAAGCUCAAAAGGACGAAUAAAGCCAAGUCAGGCUCUGGAAAAGUAUCUCUCACCAGCCUCCAACGCUGGAAGCUGGAGAGGUUCCAGUUCCUAGACCCUUAUUGCAUGGACCAUCUGCCGGAGGACCUGGGAUCGGACGACGACGGGUCAGAGGAUGGCGACCAGGUGCCCGGUACGUCGACAGGUGGGGAGACUCCCUGUGGAUCAAGUGGACAGAAGCGGAACAAUCCAGCGAACAAAAAGAAGAAGAGCACGACAAGUUCCAGCGUAUCAGACAUCCUGGAAAAGUUCUUGCAGGCGUCAGAGAAGGAGAAAAAGAGGACACAGCAGGAGGUCAAACUUUGUGUUUCUGCUCUAUCAAUAUUUGGCUUACACUGUAAUAUAUACACGGAUAACUCAACACCCUUUGCAUGUUACAAAAUUAACAGUGAUAUUGAUGUGCAUUCUUCCCCCGGACUAGAUGGAAAACAUCGCUCGCGACCAGCAGCCUUUGAACGAGAGGGCUUCAUGGAGCCACUGGAUGACCUCCACUUGUUUCAGGAUUCCCCCUCACCAUUUUCAGCAUUACCAGCGGGAUAUCUUCGAGGCAACCCUCCGAUGGCUACCCAGAGAACCUUCGGUGAUGAGCGUACCCCUGCCAGGACCCUCAGCUUUCCCGCCUCCACAGAGUGUGCCCCCCCAGUCAAGUGUACAUGCCCUACCAACGUCCGGCCUUUCUCCAGGUGCACGACGGAGGCCAGCAACAGUCUGUCAUGGGGUGGAUGCCCCCUGCCCCGCAAGCCACACCAGCUAGCGUUGUGACCAACAUGCAAGACCGUACGUCGGUUACCUCUGAUCCACAGACUAAAGAAUCGACCAGCAAAGAAACAGCAGGUUGCACAAAGGAAGCGGAA